CACGCUGGAGUCCUCGCUCGCCGCCUGUCCCGCCAAGCUGGCGUCCUCCGUCGCGGACCUGCUGCGGGCGCUGCAGCCCAACAUGGCGCUCAUGAGUGGACUUGGUGGCCUUGGAUCUUUUGGCUCCUUCGGAGCGUUCUCGGCAUUAAACUCCCUGAGUGUUAAUGCGGUGGGUUCAGGCGGCCUCGGUGGCUCCAGCAGCCCCGUGGUGCCCACCCCGUUAGUGCCGCUGCCCUCUCUCUCCUUUACCGCCGCCCAGGUGGCCGCCGUCUGCGAGACUCUGGAGGAGAGUGGAGACAUGGAGCGUCUAGGCAGAUUCUUGUGGUCGCUGCCGGUGGCUCAUCCUCACCUACAGGACCUCAAUAAACACGAGGCUGUGCUUCGAGCCCGCGCUCUCGUCUCCUUCCAUUUGGGUAACUUCCGAGAGCUGUAUGCCAUCCUGGAAUCGCAAAGGUUUUCCAAGCCGUCGCACGCGCGGUUACAGGCGCUGUGGCUGGAGGCGCACUACCAGGAGGCGGAGCGGCUCCGCGGCCGGCCGCUGGGACCUGUCGACAAGUACAGAGUUCGUAAGAAGUUCCCUUUCCCGAGGACAAUCUGGGACGGGGAGCAGAAGACCCACUGCUUCAAGGAGCGAACCAGGGCCCUUCUUAGAGAAUCCUACCUGCAGGACCCAUACCCCAACCCCAGCAAGAAGAGAGAGCUGGCCUCAGCCACUGGCCUCACCCCAACACAGGUCGGCAACUGGUUCAAGAACCGUCGUCAGCGAGACAGAGCGGCCGCCGCCAAGAACAGGAUGCAGCAGUUCGGCGCCACCGGCAUCCCCGCCACUCGCCGAGAGGCUGACACUCGGUCGCCUCUUGAUGACGACGAUGAGGACCUUAUCAACCCAGGCUCUCCGAACACCUUCGAGGACGACAUCUCUGAGGACGAGGUUUCUCUAGACGCUCGCUCCUCGUCACCUGCCCCAACUGCCACGUCCCUUGGCCUUGUCCCUGCUUCCAGUGCACCAGGGCCGCCGUGUAGCCUGCCUCUGCCCCUGGACACCAAACCUCCAACCUCUCCUGGAGCCAUGACACUCCUCGCUCCUGCCAAGGACUCCGCCAAGGACCAGGAACGGGACUCGCCAGGACUGAAGGAGGUUCCUCAGGAAGGCAAAGCGGUGUUGUCUGAGCCGCCGUCGAGUCUGCCAACCUCCCUGCAGGCACUGGCUCCCGCCCUCACUAUCGCCUCUCUGGUGUCCUCCCAUAAGCGGCCCGCCUCGCCUCCUGACCACUACGUGACGCCCAUCAGACCCAUCCCUGAGAGACACAGCUUCGGCUACCCGCCCCUUCAGCCCCUGACCAAGCGGCCUUUCACCCUCACGCCUAUGGGACCAAUUACAGACCGUCACUUCCUCUCCUCAGCCGGAGCCUUUCAGCCAAUCAGGUUGCAGCCAAAGCAGAAGGAGGACACGUAAGCCCUGACACCCCCUUUCCCCCCAGUGGCACCUUGUGAUAUAGCGUGGUGUGCCAAGGUGCGGCAGUGAUCCCCUGCCGCGUCUCUCACACUUGUAUUGUUAAGAUUUUUAUUCGAGAACCAUAUCAUAUUCUGUAUCAUAACACCGCUAUGUACAUACAUACAUGUAUUUCUGUACAAAGAUGUUCGCUCGCGUGUACGUUGUUCUUCAGUCCAUAAGUACUGUAGUUUGCACCUGCACAAUUUACACACCAAAUGAAUUGUAGUUCAUCGCUGUAUAUAUAAUUAUCAAAAACCAUUAAAUGGCCUUGAAAGUUAAAGGUGUGAGGCUUCCUCUCUCUGCAGACAGGCUCAGGGAGGGGCGCCGCGCGGCCCUCCUGAGAACUCGCCACACACUGUAGUCUAAGCUAUUUUAUUCUCUCUUAUAAAACUAUUUUAUAUGAUGAUAACGUGCUGUAUUAUCACGAGGGGCACAUGAAGCCUCCUCCUUCCCGCUGCGGCCCCGCCAGGACUUUUCCUCCCGUGCUGCCCUGACAGUCAUGGCCACACAGAUUACCUUCUCGUCGCCGCGGAGGCUCCGUGCCAAUCCGCCGGAUGAGUUGGAAAGAGGAAUAUAAAACUUUUGUCAGUAAAAAUGUACACCUUCCCAGCAGACAACCCCUCCUCCCAGCUCCAGGCCAUCUCAAAAAUCUCCCGCGCUGAGCUUCCCUUCUGACGUCCGUAGUCCGCGGCAUUAAGGGCGCCCUGCCACGCUCACACACGUCGCACACCACAUCAAACUAUCGGCCAUGGCUGUCAGCGUUAUGGUUCCUGAAAAUUUGAAACUAGACUUUAUUUUCAUUGCAAAUAAAAUUCUAGUCAUGCAGCACAGCCGAGGCUUGGCGAGGCCCGCGUCCUGAUGGUGCCGCCGCCCUGUGUACCGCCGCGCCACGCCCUGCGCCCCACCCAUCACCCCUCGUGCUCCGAACACUGCCCUGUGGAUGACAACUCAUUACUAACGCACUGCCUUCCUAUCCCAGGUACCGAAGGAGAGUGUAACAAUUACUCACUACUGUUUAUUUUGAAGCUUUAUUGUGUUAUUCGCCAGGUGUAACAAGGUGCACUCACGGCUUCGCAAACCUCAUAAGGACCCAUUCAGUGUUUAGUUACAAAAAUUCACCUAAAGAACAAAUUAUGUCUUUAUCAGAUAACAUCACUUAGUGCAAUCAUUUAUUUUCGGCAUGGAGUUAUUGGCGGCAGUGUGACCUUGAAUGUAGCACCAACCUUCACCCUAUCAUGCCCACGCCUCUCGCCUGUCACCACCAACUGCAUUUCUACCUUCUUCCUCCUCCUAUAUAUCUUUCCAAGUGCGUGUGUGUCCCCUCGCCCUCCCAACCCCUGCUCUGUCAAGGGUCCAGCCAGGGCGUGACGCGUCGGCCUUUAAGUGUCAAUAAAUCCUAACCCGCCC